AAUUAUAACCUUCAUGCUUGUAAGCAUGGUUGAUUUAAUUCUUUUGAGCAAUUUAUUUAAAGUUUAUUUUGCACAUGAUGGAGAUACGUGAUUCUAAUGUUUGAAGCUUUCUCUGACAUCUCCAUACAAUUGGGAGAAAUUGUUUUUGUGUUGGUGGUGGUCCAAUUUUGUACGUGCAGGACCAGUAUAUAAAUCACAUUAUGAAUGAAACAGGAGCAACUGUCUCACUCAGAGGGCGUGGUUCAGGAAAUAUUGAGAAUAUACAUGGCGAAGAAGGACAGCUACCGUUGCAUUUAUUCUUGUCAAGUAAUAAUUCAAAAAGUCUUGAAGAUGCUAAGCUUUUGGCUGAAAAUCUUUUAGAUACAAUCAGUGUAGAGUGUGGUGUCUCCAGGGUUUCAUCAUCUAAGGUUUAUAGUGCUGUUGCACCCCCACAGCAGGUAUAUAGUGCUGUUCCACCACCGCAUCAGUUGGCCGGGGUUCAAAGUUCUGGAAUUGAGGUAAAAGCAAUUACAAGUUUGGUGUCUCCAACUGUGGGUGCUACACCAGCUCUGGCAGUUUCCUCUGCUGGAACUCCUGGUGUUGCUACUGUCUUUUCUCAAGGGACAGUAUCUCAACCUGGAGGAUUGUUGAACUGUGCGCAACCUCAGGCGAACAUUGGUGGUUAUCCCCAACCUCUAUUAUCUAGUGGAACAAGCUACAAUGGAUAUGCAGGGAUAUAUCCUCAAGUCACACCUUUGCAACAGGUUGCUCUGGCCCUUAGACAGUCAUCUUCCCCUAUCACUUCUACAGUUGCUCCCACAACAUCAGCCCCAAGCACUGAACCAAAGGUGAAUGUUACCUCUGGUUCUGAGAAGGAGAAACAGCCUCCACAAAGGCGGAAAUUUCAGGAGUUACCAGUUGGUCCUGCAAAAGUCCAUCAGGUAUUUUCUCUGACUUUCUAUGAGGCCGAUACUGAACCUCUCUAUUGGGCCACUGGUCUGUAUUUUUCACAGGGUUUUCAUUUCCGUGGUGCCAUUGGGGUUCACUUGUGGUUGGAGCUUUAUUCUGCGGACAACUUAGACUUCUUGCUGUUUAGUUUAAUGUCAUAUACUUAGGUUCAAGUUACAAGAAUAUAUUUUGUUUUCUAUUUGUCAUAAGUCAAUCCAGUGUUGGAUUUCUUCAUUUCUUGACAAGCAUCCUAGUGUUUCCUUCUUGUGCUGUCACCAGCAGCAUGCACAGCCAAACUCCUCGAGAAGAGGUACCCCAUCACAACCAUUGCCAGCUUCACUUGGAUUUCAUGAGAACUCCAUGGUUUCGAUGAUUCAAGAGUUUGAAAUGCAAAUUCUGAGCUACUGAUACUUCCAGUUGCAUUGGCUUAAAAGCGGCAUUGGUGUUGAUGGUUGAAAAUUGGCUGUGGAUGCUGGUGGGUGCCACUCAUGGAAUGUUUUUUCUGAAAGCAAAAGGUACUUGUACAGAUCAAAUUCCAUGGAGCCAUUAUUGAUCUGUACUUGCUCAUGGAAUCUGUGGAGCAAGUAUAGCUCUAGACUUGCUCAUGAAUAUCCUUUUCCUUUGGUACUCUUCCAAGAUGUAGUUCACAACUAACCUUCAAUUACUACCUUUAUGAACUUAGCCAUUUAGAAAUGUUAAUAUUACUGUGCCUUAAGAGAAACGUGAUACGCAUGUGGUUAAGCUAUAGAACAGUUUGUAAACUUGUUCAAUGAUAUGAAAUCAUUUUUUGGAUUAAUUUUCUUAGUUGCAACUAUUAAUCUUUAGAUUAUUGCUCAUUUUUUUUUUCACAUAAACAUUCACUUUUUUCUGGUUAUUGAGCUGUUAGUUUUUGUUUUUGGUUUCUGUUCUCCCUAACUGACUGCAGGAUUUUGGUGUGAGAAAUGUAUCCACGAUGCCAGCUCCAAAGAAAUUGGUCCAGCCGGCAUCAAAUGGAAUGCCAC